AUGAAACCCCAUAUACCUUUACACCAAUUGCUUCUUUUGUUUCUCUUGAUCUUCUUACCCUCUUCUGCUACAACAGCACAUAAUAUUCCAAAUCUUAGUCCACACAGAAGAACAGUUCUUAUUGGUGACCUUGAUAUCAUAUCAUCAUCCAUUUCAGAGGAUUAUGAAACCUUUUUCUUCACUCAAACACUAGAUCACUUCAACUACAGACCUGCAAGCUAUGCCACUUUUAAACAAAGAUAUGUGGUUAACUAUAAAUACUGGGGUGGUGCAAAAUCAAGUGCACCAAUCUUUGCUUAUCUGGGUGAAGAAGAGGAACUGGAUUAUGAUGUAUUGGGUAUUGGGUUUUUGAAAGAUAAUGCCCCUCAUUUUAAAGCUCUACAAGUUUAUAUUGAGCAUCGGUUCUAUGAGAAAUCAAUUCCAUUUGGAUCAAUGGAAGUGGCCAUAAAAAAUGAAAGUAUUCGUGGAUAUUUCAACUCAGCUCAAGCUAUAGCAGAUUAUAUAGAAGUACUAUUAUACCUUAGGAAAAAACUAUCUGCCAAGACUUCUCCAAUUAUUGUCAUUGGAGGAUCUUAUGGGGUUAUGAAUUUAAAUCGUGUUAAAUCCCAACACAUCGCUCUUGGUGCUUUGGCCUCAUCGGCUCCAAUUCUAUACUUCGAUGAUCUCACUCCAGAAGAUGGUUAUUAUUCGGUUGUCACCAAGGAUUUCAAAGAAACUAGUGAGAGUUGUUACCAAACCAUACAAAAAUCAUGGUCUGAAAUUGAUAAAGUUGCUUCCAUGCCAAAUGGUCUUUCAAUCCUCAGUAAAAGAUUCAAGUCUUGCUCACCCUUAAACUGUUCUUCUGAUCUCAAGUACUACUUAGAAGCAAUAUACUGUGUGGUAGCUCAAUAUGAAGAUCCACCAUCAUUUUCGGUCAGUCAGAUCUGUGGCGGCAUAGAUGGAGCAUCUGAAGGAACUGAUAUUCUUGAUCGGAUAUUUGCAGGAGUUGUUAGUUUACAAGGGAAUCAGCCAUGCUAUGAUGUGAAUGAAAACAAUGAUGAUAGUGAGACUGAUGUAGGGUGGGGGUGGCAAACUUGUAGUGAAAUGGUGAUGCCCAUUGGCCGUGGUAGCAAUGACACUAUGUUCCCAUUGGCAUCUUUAUAUUUAAAGCAGUAUUCUGAGGACUGCAAGAACAUUUAUGGAGUCCCACCUCGGCCUCAUUGGGUGACAACCUAUUAUGGGGGCUAUAACAUAAAAUUGGUACUCCAUAGAUUUGCCAGCAACAUCAUCUUCUCAAACGGCUUGAGGGAUCCAUAUAGUAGUGGCGGGGUGCUGGAGGACAUAUCAGAUAAUGUGUUGGCCGUCUAUACAGUUAAUGGAUCGCAUUGUUUGGACAUACUUCCAGCAAGAGAAAGUGACCCGCGAUGGUUGGUCAUGCAACGAAAGAGAGAGGUGGAGAUCAUUGAAGGAUGGAUAAAACAGUACUAUGAUGAUCUUGCCUUCAAGAAAUCAAACAACAUGUCUAAUAACUGA